AUGGUUGGUUUUUAUCGGUUUUUCUUGGUUGUUGUCCUGGGGGUUUUUGUUUCGGCAGCUGAUAUCUCUCUAUUUGAUAUCUUUGACAUCUCCCUUGCCAAACAGUGUGAAGAACAUAAUACCGCUGUGAGGAAGGAAUGGGGAGAGUUAAAGCGAGCCGAGCGCAUCAACUAUACGAAUGCAGUAUUGUGUAUGCAAAGGCAGCCCCAGCAUCUUCCAAGAGAAGAGUACCCGGGAGUGCAGAACCGGUUCGAUGAUUUUGUGGCCACUCAUAUCAAUUACACACUCAAUGUUCACCUUAGUGGUCUGUUCCUCCCGUGGCACCGUCACUUCCUCUGGCUCUGGGAGAGAGCUCUGCGAGAAGAGUGUGGUUACACUGGAUAUCUCCCAUACUGGAACUGGCCAUUAUGGUCGGAAAACCUAAAAGUCAGCCCACUCUUCGACUGCAGCGACAGCUCCCUCUCCGGCGACGGUGAAUACAAUUCCGAAGAAGAAAGCAUCUCAGGCGGCGCAGUAACAAUCCCACGAGGAUCAGGCGGUGGCUGUGUCCGAUGCGGACCAUUUAAGGACAUGAAAAUCCACAUGGGACCAUUUGACCGCAACAUUGCCUCAUUCACGGAACUCCCCGCUCCAGGCUUCGACUACAACCCGCGCUGCUUCAAUCGAAGUUUGAAUAAUUUCGUCAGCAGCAAUUACGAUAAUGAGACCAUCGUCGACAGACUCCUAGCCGCGAGUAAUAUCUCCGAUUUCCAGCUCGUGAUGGAUUACUGGCCGGCGCGACCGGGUGGGGUUCUGGGCGUUCAUGGCGGCGGACAUUUCAGCCUCGGAGCGACCCUCCAAGAUCUGUUCACGUCGCCGCAAGACCCGGCUUUUAUGCUCCACCACGGUAUGAUUGAUCGGUUGUGGAGUAUUUGGCAAGCGAAAGAUGAGGAUAAUCGAUUUGCAGUUAAUGGUACGAAUAGGAUUCUAAAUCCUCCUAAUGCGACAAUUGUUACGCUUGGGAUGGAGAUGGAAUUCGGUGUUCUUGAUCGGUCUCGGUCGGUCGGGGAGGUUAUGGAUCCGACUGAAGACCGGUAUUGUUAUUCGUAUACUUGA